AUAAAGGACCAAACAGCCUGCCGUUUAUUAGUUUGGAGUUUACAAUCCCUGUCGUCUUGAAAUUAAAUGUUGUUUUUAAUCAACCGGUUCAAUUCAGAAAUUCUCAAACCCGGUUCACUCCUCGAAGCACAGAGAAAAUCGAAAAGCUUAAGAAUUGGAGAUUCACUAAUCCGUAUUUGAAAUACUUUUGUUACGAUUUUGAUUCGAACUAGGAGCUCUCGCUGAAGAAGAAGAGACACAACUGUUGUCAGAGCUGCCGGCGCCGGAAAAACGGCCGGUGUGCCUGAAACAAUCUGAGGAUGCAUUUGGCUGUUCUGUUUCUAACCAUUUUAGUCUCACCACUCUUCGUUUUCUCCUCUGAAAUCCAGCAGAUCGGUUCUAAUCAGCACUUGGUCAAUGAUCUGGACGCAGCUAAGCUUAGAAUAUCAAAAUUGGAAGCUGUUCUUGAUUCUACCAUACAUAAUCUGGAUGCUAAGACCAUUUACUUGAAAGAGCGUGAGAAGUUGAUCCAAGAUGCUGAAGCUCAGAUCCAUGAUUUGCAGUCUGCUUCAUACACUUUCGAGACCAGCUUACCUUUGGUCCAAAAAAGGAUAAGCGAGUUGGAGGAAGAGGUUAAACUCCUAUGGGCUGCCUUGAGAACAAGCAACUUCGAGCUUCAUGUUUUAGAGGAUAAGGCAAGAGAAGCUGAGGAUAAAGUUAAAGCUACCACUUUGGAAGUUGAACAGAUGACCGAAGUUGUUACAGAACAAUGGAUUCAGGUUCAGCAUCUUGAGCAGAUGAAAGAAUUCAAUAACCGAAGGCAUCACACACCUAGCAGAUGCACUCUCUUAAAGCUCAUGAGCGACAUCAGAGUAAAACAUCUGCCCAAAGUUCAUGAAGCAUUUGACAGUCAUUGGGAGGGAAAGAAGAUUUCUCUCUUUAUGCAAUCUUAUCUCACACAACCCCUGUCACGGUUCAAGAAUCUCUGGGCAGCUGUUACCAAAUAUCACCACCAGCUGCAAGGCUUCAUCAAGCAUGAGAUGGAAAGAAACGUGAUCACAGCAUCUCUUGCGAACAGAGAAGUGGUGUUUUUUAUGGCAUCUGCACUGAUUACCUUCCCGGUGUUUGGAGCAUGGAUCUUACUCUCUUCCUAGUUUGGUUUUUUAAAAGACAUGAUCAACUGAUGCGUCAAGUAUGUUCAGAUUGGUUUUGCUUCUUCUUUUUGGACCAAAACAUUGUCUAGUUUUAAGCUUUUGAGAUCCCUCACAGUUGUGUCAAAAAUGCAAUUUUUUGGAGAAGGAAAAGAAAGAGCAUUGUGUUUCGUUAUCGAGAAGGAUACACAACCAAAGAGAUGCAAACAAAGUCAUUCCUUAUUCGUUGUUAGUUAGUUGUAACUUGUAAGUAGCGAUAAACUUUUCAGGUUUCAAUCGUGAGAUGAUUUUGUUAAACCGCUAGUAGGUGUUUCGUUUUGUUUGUUUCAGUUUAGUUGAGUAAAGGACAAAUCACAUGGAGACAAUUGCGGGAAUUAGCAGUGGAAUAUUUUGU